CUUUUCCAAUCACUUGCCAGGGGAGUUCCAGAUUGUCCCCUUCUCUAUUGCCCUCCCGUAAUUGCCUUAAUGCCCGUUUGGUAUGCUGCCAAGCUACCAUUUAGUUGCUUCUGGAUUGCAGGGUUCUUCCAUCGGUCCUGUGUACAGGCUGGUUUUAUCGUAACCCCGAGUCUUGGGGACUCCGUAUCUUUCGUACUUAUAGAACUGCUUGAAAAGGCAGGGCGUCUUCAGGCCUCUAUUUCCUGUGCAGGUUCAUCUCGUGUCGGAGGUUGUCAAAUCAACGCCUUUCAUUUCAGAUUCCCAGCAUUUCACGGAGCCUUCCAGAGAGCCUCCGGAAAUCGCAUACUCCUCCUCCGCUCUCUCUUGGUUCUCGAGAGGGUGGGGGUGCCAUGGCUUCUUGGUAUUGACAUCGCCUCCCAUGGAUGGGGCGUAACGAAAAAUUGGGAAGGCAGAGGGGAGGGGCAAAGAUAAAGACCGGGCCACCCCCGGCCCAGCGUUUCCUUCCAUUGUGGAUAAAGUUAGGCAGAAUGAGAGUGCCGUUGAACGUCUUGCAAAAAUGCAAGCAGAUGCUUCCUUAGAUGACACGAGGCGCCUCGAACAUGUUUGCCAGGCGGCCAGAAGGAGGCUGAGAUCGCCAUCAAAGAAGAGAGACUCGGAAAAGGAACAGUGAUGAUAGUCACUUCCCCCUUUUUUUACAUCUGGUGUGUGCGCAGCAAGGCGACUAGCCUAAAUUUGG